AUGAGAACCAUUGAUGUGGACGACUCUACUGAUGUGCACUGUUACGUCGUCUUCUCACCGACUGUCCAUUUCGUGGAGUACGAUACAUUGAUGGGCGUGGCCAUAUUUCAGAGCAAAAUGAACGUGACCUUGAUGGGUGAAGAUAAAGAUCGCACGAACAUAACGUGCACUGGAAACUCAGCUCGUGCAGCUUUAGUUUUUGAUGGUUUGAUCAGCCUCGCGAUCACAAACUUGACAUUUACUGGAUGCUCUGCACAAGUGAACAGUUUAUCGACUUUCUCUGUUGUGUCUGUGAAUAACUGCAGGAAGCUGAUCGUAAAUUCAUGCAGAUUUGUCGACAAUGAAGGAAUUGGGAUUGAAGUACAAAAUGGUUACGACUUUGUGGAAAUAUCUCAUUGUCGGUUUAUUGGAUCAAAUGUUAGUUAUUCAGCUGGAGUCAAAAUUAGUCUUGAUCAACACUUGCCUCCUACAUCAUAUGCAGCCGUGUUGACAAUAGAAUUCUGUCAUUUUUUUAAUUUAUAUUACACAACUUUGACGCAGACAGACAUUCAUGUUGGAAAUGGUGCAGGAAUUUGUCUCCAGGGAAACAUGAUGUACAGGUAUUCAGUAAAUGUGUCCAUUUUCUCUUCAGUUUUCGACAACAACAUUGCAGUAAAUGGUGCUGGUGUCUACAUUAAUGUGGACUCAUCACCUGAUGACUUUCAUGUUCUGAUUGAUGAGUGCAUUUUUACCAAUUGCCGUACUGAGAGUAAUGGCUAUGUAGAGCCCCAGGGGCACAUUACAAAGAAGGGUUAUGGAGGAGCAAUUGCACUGUUGAUGUCUGGAAAAAGCAAAGGUACUAUUGAUAUAAACAAUUCUUUGUUGGAUUCAAAUUAUGCAAAUGUAGGAGCUGCAAUUGCAGUUUUCUUUGCUGACUAUUCUACUGAAAUUCAAGUUGCAGUAGCAAAAUCAAAUUUUACAAAGAAUUUGGCUAAACAAGGUGGUGCACUUUCAUUGAAUAAUAUCUUGGAAGAGGGACACUGGCCAAUGCCAACAAUAUGCCAUGACACAUUGUUUGUUGGAAACAAAGUGUUAAGAGGUGGUCAAGGCAGUGCGUUAGUUGCUCUUUAUGUUGACGUAUCUCUAACUGGUGUGAUAAAAGUGACAUCCAAUAAUCGAUCUGCAUUUCUAAUUCUUGGACAUUCUUGGGUGACUGUAUCUGAUUCAGUCACAUUUUCUGACAACCAUGGUCUGCUUGGUGGGGCAAUACACCUGCAUGAAAGAUCUACAAUUUGGGUCCACAAAGGUGCAACAUUAAGUUUUGAAAACAACACUGCAUAUAGUGGUGGUGCUCUGUUUGUGAACAACAUUGGUGUAUUCAGAGAAUGGCGUUUUCUUGGACCUACUACACGGAAUCAUCGCUGUUUCAUAAAUCCAUUCAGUCAUGAUGAUGUCUACACCUCCGUUUAUGAUAAACAAAAGCAACUGAACGCAAACAUCAAGUUUGUCAACAACAAAGCAGAUGCAAUUGGUAGAGGUGGAGCUAUUCAUGCAUAUUCCUUGGACAUUUGCGCAUGGCAAGAAGGCAGUGGCUUCAACUUUACACAUGCACUCAGAUCACCUAGCUUUUCGUAUGUCAACAAUCAACCUAAUGAUAUUAGGUCUGAAAUGGUAACAAUCAAUGCUACACUGGAAGCUGACAUUAGAGACCACAUAACCACAAAACAUUUGUUGAACAGUGACACUCGAUGUCCUGAUGAUAAAAAUGUCUACUGUGUUGCACCCGGUAUUUCAUAUUAUCUGGCUGCUACCGGAAAAGAUUCUCUUGGUCUUGAUGUGAUUGGAUCAACAAUAGUUGAAACAAGUACUAAAAAUGAUUUAGGUAUUUCAUCUGCUCAUCAGUUGCUAAUUUAUCCAAACGGUCCUAAUAAGGAAUUUCAAUUUGCAACUGGUUGGACGUUUAUUCAUUUUUCUGGGUUUAGAACCACCACUUCAGAAAUUUCAAUUCGACCUCAGAUGACAUCAUUCAACCAGUUCUUUUAUGUGAGACUAACGAAUUGCUUUGCUGGUUUUAAAUAUGAUCCGCAGUCCCGGACUUGUGUGUGUAACAAUAAAGAUAGACACACUCAUGUCAUUGAAUGCCAUUUCCAUGGUGAGGUCAGAGUGGAAGCUGGAUAUUGGAUUGGCCACAUUACCAAUGGUGGACACCUUGUAUCACACAGCUGUCCUGUUGGUUACUGCGUGUGCACUAGUGAUAGCUGCUGGUUUGAUCCACGUGUUCGACCAGAUGCUCAAUGUACCAAAGGACGCAAUGGAACUCUUUGUGGGAAAUGUGCUGAAAGUUACAGUGCAACAUUUGGCUCGCUCUAUUCCAAAUGUCAAACUAACUGUGCUGAUCAAUACAAGUGGGAGUUUCCUUUACUCUCAUUAUUAUCAGCCUUUGUAGUAGUGGUUGCAGUCUUAUUCAACUUAAAUGUGGCUUCUGGUGUACUCCGUUCAUUUGUGUUUUACUUCCAGAUGGUUGGAUUUACACUAAAUGCAGUUGCGCCGAGUGGAAUUCUGUCCCAGAAAUGGGUUGCUUACUUUGCUGGCAUUGCCAACCUGAACUUCCGAGAGGACAUAUGUAUGUGGGAAAACAUGACACCACUCCACAGUACUGUGCUCCAGUACUUUAUGCCAACGUGCAUCUUUGUCUGUAUGGCUAUCUUUGUCAUCUUUGCUCGAAAGUUUGCUCGUAUGGCACGAAUUCCUGUCCUCCGUGCUUUCUGGAGUUUACUGACAUUGACUUAUGUUAGUAUAUCAUACACAACAUUUAUUCUUUUGCAAUGUGUGCCAUUAGAAGAUGGAGAUGAUUACUACUGGUAUGGAGAUGCCACCGUUAGAUGCUUUACUGGUGAACAUACCAAAUUUGCCAUUGCUGCUAUCAUUAUUGCAAUUUUCUACGUUAUUCCAUUUCCUUUCUUUGUUGCAUUUGGUUUGCCUUGGAUUACCAAACUCAAACCAGUAUCUGACAUCAGUCUUCAAGCUUUCAAAGGGCAGUAUUGGUGGGGAGAAGGUUGGAAUUUUGGUAGAAGGCUUCUGCUAAUUGUUAUUCAUUGCUUUUCUGGUGAACCACAUCUCCAUCAGACACUGAUGAUUAUUUUCAUUUCUGCUUUUCUUUCAUUUCACGGUCAGCUUCAGCCUUACUUUCGUAUUCGUGACAAUAUUGUGGAGACAUGUCUUCUUUUCAAUCUUGUUGUUGUGAAUGCACUGCAGAUGUACACAUCUCGCACCCCUGUGCCAUCCUAUAUUACAGAAACUCUGUUUCUUGUUCCUUAUGCUGCUGCUUUUUUGUGGUUUCUUUUCUAUGCUUGGCAGAGAUUUAGAAAGAAAGAAGGAAAGGAAGAAUGGAAAAGUAAAAGCCGACAAGGAACAAAUUCUAGGCAACCUCAUAGCCCUGGUAAUGCUGAAGUCAGCACAAAAGGUACCUCCGUGGAAAUGCAAUCCGCAAACAUACCUAAUGGAGACAAAUCAAACCUGUCUGUAUCACUUGAUAAAGAUCAGAUAAUGGAUGAAUCAAAUGAUGCAUUGCGUGAGCCUUUGUUGGGCCUUACAAGCAGUCAGCAAUAGCAUUGAUGUUAACGAUUUUAUAGCUGUUGUUGUAUGGCUCUAUUCUUACUCAAACAACUGGAAGCAACAUGUCUGUGUAGUUAUAUUUUUUCUACCUACAUUUUACUACAUGUUUUAUAUUAAUUAGUAUUUGUGGUUCUUACAUAAACAUAAACAGAUGAAACUUGUUUAUGUGUUAUGAAAGAUUGCUGAUACUAUACCAAUAUACAACUU